AAUUCCCCUCACAAAAAAAUCAAAUCAAAACAAAUUUCGUCGGAAAUAGAAAUCAUCAAAGAAAUUGCUUUCAACCUAGUCACAUUGAAACUUUAAGACUCUUAAAAAGACAACAAAAAUGUGUGGAGGAUUUUAUUGUUCACGAAAUUCCUUAAUUUUACUCAAUUUGAUGUACAUUGUCGUCGGUGGACUUCUCAUCAGUUCAGCAGUGUAUGGCAACCGCUUCACUGAUCUUCCGAUUAUUCCAUCGAUUAUCGGAUGUGGAGUAGUUCUGAUUUCUCUUGCCCUGAUGGGCUUAUAUGGAGCAGCUAAACACCAUCAAGUUACAUUGUUCUUCUACAUGAUUAUCCUUUUCUGUUUAUUCAUCGUUCAAUUCGCAAUCGCUUGUUCAUGUCUUGCUGUUAGCAAACAUCAACAAAGGAUUUUUGCUGAGGAAGGAUGGAAUGAAGUUUCGGAUGACAUCAAAGCUGAAGUCCAGACAACCUUUGGAUGCUGCGGAUUCAAUACUACUCAAGCUAACGAUCAUCCUUCCUGUGAUGCUGUUAACAAGAUAUGCUGCUCGACUAAUGACGCUCCAGAUUGUACUUGCUUGCCUUGUUUACCCAAGCUAGAGGAUACCAUUGAUUCUGCAUUUCGUGUUUCUGGUUCCAUUGGACUUUUCUUCAGCUUCACAGAGCUUUUGGGAGUGAUUUUAACAGUUCGCUAUCGAAACCAAAAAAAUCUUCAUGCAAGCGCCUUUUUGUAAACUCAAAACAAUCUUUCAUUUAUUUCUUCUUAAGAAGCUUCAGAAAUUUAAUUUCCCCAUCGAUAGAUUAUAGCUGUAUUCGUUGCAAGGCGCUUUAGAAAUCAACGAGACCCUAAAUUCGAUCUUCCUGUGAGAGCGGUGUUUCCAAAGGCGAAUUAUGAAUAUUGUUAGUCUCAUCGAUGAUAUGUUUAAAUAUAAAGUAUGUUGGUUUAAUUUUGAAAUUAUUUUAAGCUAAUGUCUUUCAACCAUUCUUUGAAGAUCUCUUUUAGAACAAUUAAAUUAAUUUGAGCAACAUAAGACCUUGAUUAUUUUCUUAGUUAUUUCUUACACCCUCGUGUUAAUCCCUUUGGUUGCUUUUCACGGUUUUCACCUUCAUAUUGCUUGACAUACGUAAAAAAACCAAAAUUAUUAAAUGAUUCAUGUGCGCUGUAAAAAUGCUUAACAGUGAAAAUUUCAUUUCUUUAAAAAAAUGUUCAACUUUUUCUUGCAAUUAAAUGUGAAAAAUUUCAUUUGAAUUAAGAUUUCUAAACAUCAAAAUAUAUAAAAUAUGAUGUUGCACAUCAAUAAAUAUAAAAACCUAAUAUGUAUUAACACUUAGAAGUCACCUUAUGUUGCUUCAGCAAUGUUACCUAAACGAAUGGCCAGUUUAAGUCAAAUUGAAAGAAAAGAUUUGUGAAAAUUUAAUGUCUAAAUAUGUCGGAAAAACGGUUUUCUCUUGAGGCUGAUAGGAAUUUAAAUCUAAUAUAAAUCUCUUAUUUAUGUAUGUAAUGUUUAAGAAAUUGAAUUAAUAUUCAUGAUUGUAUUAUUGUGAAAACAUUAGAAAGUUUCACAAUUAUUUUAUUAUCAUAGAUCAUUCUACUGUAGAUUGUGUGAAAUCUGUGAGAACAUAAAUUAUUCUACAUUAAUUCAUUAACGGAAGUUUAUGAGCAGCUCCGAACAUAAAGCAUGGUCGAUUUUCUCUCUUUUUCUGCUAAAGAAAAAUAUUAUUUUAAAUAAAAGGACGAAACAAAGUUGUCUGUGUAAGGCUCACUUCACAUUAUGUAAAUGUUUGAUGUAAUAAAAAAACGUGCUUACGUUAUAUAGAUAUCUACAUUAUUGUCAG